GCACCGCCUGCGUUUCUGCCGAUUCUAAGGACUGCCCUCAUAAAGAACUUGACCUUAGGCGGCCUACCUGAAUUCCCCCGACAGCCGUUUCUUAUCUCCUGAAGUAGCGGUUGUCAUCAAACCUCAGAGGGUCACGUGAACAUUAACUGUGGUCCGGUGUUGAAAGCAGGAGUCCCAGGAAAGUAAGUUCAUUCAUUAAUCAAGGACAAGAACAGUUUCUAUCUCUUCUUUGUCUAAUUUCACUUUUACGUAAUGAGUCUGAGCUUUUUAACCAUGCUGAGUGAACUGUGUGGCCCCUAAUUUCUCCAUGAGCGCUGUAAGGUAUUUUUAUUGCUAUUUCUUCACAUCCAGAGACUGAGAUUGAAAGGUAAGAAGUUGGCUGAAGAUCACACAAUUAGUAAACGUUAGAGCCAGAAUAAAAUCCAGUUCUGAGUGACUUGAAAGUGUAUGCCUUUUGCACAUUACGACCUUCUAUUUCCCAUUCUUCCCACAUCCUUUGGUCCCCAAGCGACUUGACUUUCAGUGAAGAGCCUGGGACCUGUGACAGUUGCUUAUAUAAUCAGUGCCUAUCAUUAGCUAUUGCCAUUUUUCUAUGUAAACGGUGAUUUUUACUGCUUAGGAGGGAAUCUUCAAAGGUGUUUCUAAAACGUAGCUCCAGCUGGAGGGUGCUUUUUAAACUGUUCAAGGACAAGAUGAAUGCGGAGUCAAAGGAGGUUUUACCCCUGGAUGUGCAAGCUCCUGAGGUUUGGGAAGAACUUCUGACAGUGAAAAUGGAGAUGGAAAGUCGCCUCCAAGUGCAGGAAUCCAGGUUGAAAUGUAGUAAUCCCUUGGCAAGGGAAAUUUUCCGAAGGCGCUUUCGACAGCUGUGCUACCAGGAGACCCCUGGACCCAGGGAGGCCCUCACCCGACUCCAGGAGCUUUGCCACCAGUGGUUGAGGCCACAUGUGAGCACAAAGGAGCAGAUUGUGGAGCUGCUGGUGCUGGAGCAGUUCCUGACCAUCCUGCCCGAGGAGCUGCAGGCCUGGGUGCGGGAGCACUGUCCAGAGAGCGGGGAAGAGGCUGUGAUUUUGCUGGAGGAUCUGGAGAGAGAGCUCGAUGAACCUCAACAUGAGGUGGUAGCCCACACGCAGGGGCAAGAAGUCCUCCCUGAAGAGACAGUGCCUCUGGGAGCACAGACAUCACUGAGCCUCCAGUCCCGGCCUGAGGAAUCCCUCACCUGUGACACUGCUCGGCAGCCCCACCCUAUUGGAGAGACAGAUGGAAUGACCAAGGCUGAGGACAGAGAGCUGGUGCUGAGGAAAGACUGUCCUAAGAUAGUGGAGUCCCAUGGGGAGAUAUUUUAUGGACAGACCUGGGGGGAACCCCCCCAGGACCCCCGACAUGGAGAGCUCGGGGACCCUGAGGGUUGGGCAGUGGGGCACUGGGGCAGCCCCCGAGGGGAGGGACGGCACAAGUGUGACGCGUGUGAGAAGAGCUUUGCCCGGAGCUCAGGCCUUGUUUGCCAUCAGAGAGUCCACACUGGGGAGAGACCCUAUGAGUGUAGUGAGUGUGGGAAGACCUUUAGUCGGAGCUCUGGCCUUUUCAAUCACCGAGGGAUCCACAACCUACAGAAACGGUACCGCUGUGCGGAGUGCGGGAAGGCCUUCAGUCAGAGUGCGGGUCUGAUCCAGCAUCAGAGAACCCACAGGGGAGAGAGGCCCCAUCUGUGUGGCCAGUGUGGGAAGAGCUACAGUCGGCGCUCGUUCCUCAUCGAGCACCAGAGGAGCCACACGGGUGAGCGGCCACACCAGUGCACCAAGUGUGGGAAGAGCUUCAACCGCCACUGCAACCUCAUCCGCCAUCAGAAGACCCACACGGCGGCCGCACUGGUCUAAUCGUCGCUGGCUGCAGAUUUCCUGGAUCACUGGCCAAGUCGCCGGGGGAGGCUAAGGCUAGAAAACGUCUUUCUUCAUGUCCCACUAGGUGCGUUUUGGAACAAGUACUGACCUGAGGCCUGGGCACAUCUGAAGAGGAAGGUGCAGGUGUUUGAAGCUGCUGCUUUCCCUUUGGUUCCUUUAGCUGUUCCCGGGUUGCCGUGCCCCCAUCCCUCGUAGGUACCGGCUUUGGGACGGCUGCACAACUUUCCCCAUCACAUAGUCAGUAGCGCUGCCAUGGCCACACGCCUGAAGGUCUGUAUCUGUUGAGUUCCUUAAGAGCACAUAGAGGACUGCUGAUGGUUUACAGUAAAUGGGCCUGUGGUGUCCCUGUGACCAGUACCUACGGGGCCGACCCCCUUCCCACUCGCUUCUCCGGUGCCCGACCAGCGCUGUUUGCAGACUGCAUCCAUUUCUGAAGCACAGCUGGCGGGGAAAUGGCGCCAUCAUUGUCCAUCUUAAAGACAAGGAAGCCGUGAGGAGUCAGGGUUUAAAAACCUGGACUUUUGGGGCGCCUGGGUGGCUCAGUCA